CGCCGGACGUGUCGGUCUACAGGCGUCUCGCCGCGAGUCCUCGGCAGCCUCACGGUCGAGUCACGAGGCGGGCUCGGCUUCACCGGGCGGUGAACGUCCCGCGUCGCCCGCCACUCGCUGUCCCUGGCAGACUUCCCAAAAGGGUGGCGUGGCGUGUCACCGCAGAUUCACGUCGCGGAUUCCAAGAACCCAACUCGUCAAGUCCAGCGGUGCCGUCCAGAGAGAGAGCCUAGAGCACAGCUAGCCCCGCCAGCCAUGGCGGCCGCGGCGCGCGCGAUCAUCUGCGAGCUGGCGCCGCAGAAGGUGUCGUCGACGGCGCCGAAGAAACGUGACGCCGGGACAAAGGUGGUGCUCCAGCCCCGUCUCUGCACGCUGCGGUCGUACGGCGCCGGCAGCGGCGUUGUGACGCGGAGGAUUCUGACCGGGGAGGAGGACGGGAGCGGGGCCGCCGACUCGGGCGGGUCCUCGGCGUCACCGUUCUUCGCCUCGCUCGCCAACUACAUCGAGAGCUCCCGCAAGAGCCAGGACUUCGAGACCAUCUCCGGCCGCCUCGCCAUGGUGGCGUUCGCGGCGGCAGUGGCCGUGGAGACGACGACGGGCAGCUCGCUGUUCAAGAAGCUGGACACGAUGGAGAUCGAGGAGGCCGCGGGGGUGUGUGUGGCGGUGGUCGCCUGCGCCGCGGCGUUCGCGUGGGCGUCCAGAGCGCGCAACAGGAUCGGCCAGAUGUUCACGCUGGGGUGCAACGCCUUCGUCGACUCCCUCAUCGACAACAUCGUCGAGGCGCUCUUCUCCGAGGGCGAGCUGCAGGACUGGUCCGAUGACAUGUAAACAAAUAUGCACAUAUGUAUACGCAGAUGGAGAAUAAUAGUAUUAGUAGAUAGACUCAUAGUCAUAGACAGCACGUAUAUAGUGUCAAGUAUAUAUAGUAAGUAGAUGAAGCUGUCAAGUAUUUAUAGUAACUGGUUCAAGCUAAAGAGAAGGAAGCUCAUAGAAUCAAUACUAGAAAUUACAAGUAACCCUUUAUAAGUGAUCAUCUCCAUCAAAGUGCAGUGUCUUUUCAGUAUUCAAAUGAUGUCUAUCCGAACUUUUAAGUAUCUAUAUGUUAAGUGGUGUCA